CUUAACUCCCUGACCAGUUUUUAGUCCAUUGACUAUGCAACCUAGCGUAAUAGACUGGAAUGAUGUUAGAAAACAUAAAUAUGGUCACCUAUCAGAGUCAGCAUCCCAAUAUCAAGAAGCUACUGACAUCCUGGAGCUAGGGUUGUUAAGAAGAUUACAUGAGCUAAUGGAUGUGAAAACAUCUUAAAAACUCUCAAAUACUUUUCAACUUUGGAGGAUUAUUAUUUUCAUUUGUUCAGCGACUAUCCUCAGACUUUAAGUCAAAUCUUGUGACAUUCUUUGAAGUGAAGCAUUCUAUGAAUAUGAGCUGAAGAAAUGAAUGAAAUGAAAUAAUGCAGCAUCUAGUGCUUUUUGCAUGGCCCAAAGGGGCCCUGUGCUGCUCCACUGCAGAGGAAGCUUCAAGAAAUGCUGGUUUGCUACAGUGUUUUAGCUUGUGAGAGUCUCUGGGACCUUCCCUGCUCCAUCAUGGGGUCACCUCUAGGUCAUUUUACCUGGGACAAAUACCUAAAAGAAACAUGUUCAGUCCCAGCGCCUGUCCAUUGCUUCAAGCAGUCCUACACACCUCCAAGCAACGAGUUCAAGAUCAGUAUGAAAUUGGAAGCACAGGAUCCCAGGAACACCACAUCUACCUGUAUUGCCACAGUAGUUGGACUGACAGGCGCUCGCCUCCGCCUUCGCCUUGAUGGCAGCGACAACAAGAAUGACUUCUGGCGUCUCGUUGACUCAGCUGAAAUCCAGCCUAUCGGGAAUUGUGAGAAGAAUGGGGGUAUGCUGCAGCCUCCGCUGGGAUUUCGGCUGAAUGCUUCCUCUUGGCCCAUGUUCCUUUUGAAGACGCUAAAUGGAGCAGAGAUGGCUCCCAUCAGGAUUUUCCACAAGGAACCACCAUCACCUUCUCACAACUUCUUCAAAAUGGGAAUGAAGCUGGAAGCUGUGGACAGGAAGAACCCUCAUUUCAUUUGCCCAGCCACUAUUGGGGAGGUGCGAGGCUCAGAGGUGCUUGUCACUUUUGAUGGGUGGCGAGGGGCCUUUGACUACUGGUGCCGCUUCGACUCCCGGGACAUCUUCCCUGUGGGCUGGUGUUCCUUGACUGGAGACAACCUGCAGCCGCCUGGCACUAAAGUUGUGAUUCCAAAGAAUCCCUAUCCUGCAUCCGAGGCGAACACUGAGAAGCCUGGCAUCCACAGCAACACCAAAACUGCCUUGGAGCCUCAACCAGGGCAGAGGGGGCGUAAACCAGGAAAGAAGCGGGGCCGGACACCCAAGCCCUUAAUUCCCCAUCCCAUCUCUACCCCAUCCAAGUCAGCCGAACCUUUGAAAUUCCCAAAGAAGAGGGGUCCCAAACCUGGCAGUAAGAGGAAACCUCGGACUUUGCUGAACCCACCACCCACCUCACCAACAACCAGCACCCCUGAACCGGAUACCAGCACUGUACCCCAAGAUGCUGCCACCAUCCCCAGCUCAGCCAUGCAGGCCCCCACAGUUUGUAUUUACUUGAACAAGAAUGGCAGCACAGGCCCCCACUUAGAUAAGAAGAAGGUCCAGCAGCUCCCUGACCAUUUUGGGCCAGCCCAAGCCUCCGUGGUGUUGCAGCAGGCUGUGCAGGCUUGCAUCGACUGUGCUUAUCACCAGAAAACCGUCUUCGGCUUCCUCAAACAGGGUCACGGUGGUGCAGUUAUCUCAGCCGUGUUUGACCGUGAGCAGCACACCCUCAACCUCCCAGCCGUCAACAGCAUCACCUACGUCCUCCGCUUCCUGGAGAAACUCUGCCACAACCUUCGCAGUGACAAUCUGUUUGGCAACCAGCCCUUUACACAGACUCACUUGUCACUCACCACCACAGAGUACAGCCACAGCCACGACAGGUACCUACCAGGUGAGACCUUUGCCCUGGGAAAUAGUCUGGCCCGGUCCUUGGAGCCACACUCAGACUCAAUGGACUCCACCUUGAAUCCCACCAACCUUGUCAGCACCUCCCAAAAUCUUCGAAACCCUGGGUACCGGCCUUUGCUUCCAUCCUGUGGCCUCCCACUGAGCACUGCCUCGGCUGUGCGCAGGUUCUGCUCCAGGGGCGUGUUAAAUGGAUCAAAUGGAAGCAGGGAUAUGGGGUCAUUUUGGAAACUGAAUCAUUCCCGAGGCUCCAGACGCGCAGGCUCAGCGGCCAUGGCUCACGGGCCCAGCUGCUCCGCGGCAUGUGGGAUCCUCCCGGACCGGGGCACGAACCCGUGUCCCCUGCAUCGGCAGGCGGACUCUCAACCACUGCGCCACCAGGGAAGCCCAAGCCAAUUACUUUUUAAAGGGUCGGAUCGCCGGGAUGCCUCUCGACAGAGUGGCCGGGACCCCUCCUCGUGGACAGUCGAGGACGUGAUGCAGUUUGUCCGGGAAGCUGAUCCUCAGCUUGGACCCCAUGCUGACCUCUUUCGCAAACACGAGAUCGAUGGCAAGGCCCUGCUUCUGCUGCGCAGUGACAUGAUGAUGAAGUACAUGGGUCUGAAGCUGGGGCCUGCACUCAAGCUCUCCUACCACAUUGACCGGCUGAAGCAGGGCAAGUUCUGAACAGGGAGACGCAGCCUAGACAACCGAGGGAUCGAGCAGAGGGGCCAUCCUUCUCCCAGGAAGAAGGGCCAUCGGCCCCCUCCCGGGCACCUCAGUGGGGUCCGAGGCUGCCUCAGGACUCCAGGAGGCUGUGUGGAGCUGCCAGCACUGCCCCUCCUGCCAUGGUAUGUCCUUCCAUGAAGGGCCGAGACGGGCAUGGGGCCCAGGGUUGCCACUGCUCUUCCCCUUAGCCCUGCCUCGGCUCUGAGGUCUCCUGUAUUUAUUGCUCAGGCCUGGCCAGCCUCUCCCCAGGAAUUUAGACUGAACGCCUUCCAAGUGAUGGAGGAAGGGGCUGAGCCCUGAGGCCUCGGAAGACGGGGCCCUGAAGUGACACUCGUGCCCGGUCCCCUCACCACCCGCUGGGCCUGGUGUGGCUCCCCAUUACCCCAUGGCUCCUGCCUUCUUCUCACGAGAUCCGCGGACUCCAAACUCAUGGUGCAGACCUCUACCUUUUUUAAGAAAAGAUCUUUUCUUAUUAAUUUAUUGUUUCUGGCACUUGGGCAAGCCCUCCAGUUCAUACCCCUCUCGCUCCAGACACUGGGUUUCAGGAGGAGGGAGACUGCCCUGCCCCGGCCCCAGACAGGCCCUCUCCAGAGCGGUGUGGCCCCUUUUCAGAGGACAUUACCUAGGGUCCCUGUCCCCUUGCCUCUCUUCCUCCGCUGGGCCCUCUGCAGCCUCGGCCUCAUCUGUGGGAAUGGGAGUCCCUGCCCUGCACUGUCCCCACCGCAGCUCCCUUGCCCUGGCCAGAAUUUCUGCUGAAGAAGGUUGGGCCCAAUGAUUUUAAGCCAAGAAGGCCCUGAGAUGGAUGGGAGAAAGGGGUCUCUAGGCUGGAGUCUGGUUGUACCCACUCCACUGUCCACAUGCUUCCUUUGUAAGCAAGUCAGCAGCACAGCUGCCCCCGCUGCCAUCUGGACUUAUUUUAUGUCAAUUUGUUUAUAAAUAAAAAACAAUAUAGA